AAGAAAGGAAGAGGGAGAGUUUGGAAUGAGAGCAGGAGACCGGGUUCGAAACCAGCGAAGAAGAAACACGAAUUUUCUAAAACUAGAGCAGAAAACACGCGGCAUUCGACGGACCGGCGAUAUCCUCUGUCUCUGACGAACUCCUCCGUCCCUCUCCUUGAGUUUGAGACGCAAGCCAAUGAAGCUCUGGGCAAGCAAUGUCCUCUUUUCUCGCAUAACAUGCUUUUGCAUUGUAAGCAUUUUGCUUGUGGACAGGGCGUCGAGCAUCAGAUUUCCUGAUCGGAUCUCCCAAGUCCCCACCAAGAAUUCGCCCAAUCAGCCUCUCAAAACUGCGGUUUUCGCCCUCGGCAGCUUUUGGAGAUCCGAAGCCGUGUUUGGAUGCUUGGACGGCGUCGUCCGGACGACUGCCGGCUACGCUGGCGGAUCUAAAGCCAAUCCCGAGUACCGAAGCCCGGGUGAUCACGCCGAGUCCGUACAGAUUGAAUAUGAUCCUAGGCUGAUUAGUUAUAGACAGCUUUUGCAAGUUUUCUGGUCCAGUCAUGACUCAAGACAAGUAUUUGGCCAAGGUCCUGAUGUGGGAGACCAGUACAGGUCUAUAAUAUUCACUAAUGGGACUGAAGAGUCCAGACUAGCAGCAAUCAGCAAAGAAAGAGAACAAACUAAAUCAAAGAGCGGUAUCGUAACUACACAAAUUCAGCAACUUAGAAUAUUCUACCCUGCAGAACCUGAACAUCAGAAAUUUGAGCUCAAACGAAACACAUUCCUUCUUCAGCUGAUUGGGAAUUUGCCAGAAGAGGAGCUUGAGAAGUCGACCCUGGCAGCGAAGCUAAACAGCUAUUCAGCCGAGCUUUGUCCAACCAAGAUUCAAAGGCAGAUUGAUUCCAAGAUCAAUGACAUUAUCAGAAGAGGUUGGCCCAUUUUACGGGAGUUAUAGUUAGAGAAGCCACUUUCUCAACAUGACAUGAUUUAGACUGAGGUUAAACUGUAGAGACCAGUUACAAUUUGCCUAGCCUAGGCUGGUGGAUGGUUCGCUUAUGUAGCUGUUGGUUUUCCUUGAAUCUGGAUUGCUGAGAUUCAUAAAGCUGUGGGAUGGAGGAGCUGAAAAUUGUUGAUUUUAGUCGGUCCAAUUAGUUUUGUGCUGUCCCAGUUAUCUUGUUGAGGCGUUUUUUAGUGGCUGAGGUUCUUGAAGCGCUAUAAAAAUAAAUUUUAGAAUGCAUUACUGUGUAAUUCUUUUGUAGGAUCAGAAGGAAGCUUUUUUUCCAUUGAAGUAGUAGUGUGUUCCUUAUACCGAAGCCAUUUUAUUAGUUGAACCUCUGGAAAUGUGAGGUAAAUUCAAUGCCUAGUUCUGAGCUCAACUCUGGCGAGUUCAAUGUGAUUGAUGUGUGGAUCAGAAUUUUGUUGUGGUUGUGAACAAAUCUGUAUAAAUUGCUGAAAAUGUCUUCAAAUCAGUGUUUAAAGCUUAAACUAUAAUUAUUAUUA